AUGCUGAAAUCACGAGUGACGACAGUAGCUCUGCGCAAAGGCGUACGUGCAGCUACAAGAUGGGGCACGCGUCCCCAGAAUCGCGGGCUUCUCACCCUCGCGAUCGAGACAUCUUGCGAUGAUACCUCCGUCGCAAUCGUUGAAAAAAACACCGAACUCUCCUCCCAACCGACAACAAUCCAUUUCCUCGAGAAUGUAACGGCAGACACCCGGGAGUACCAGGGCAUCCACCCAAUCCUAGCACUCUAUUCACACCAGGAGAACAUGGCAAAGCUGGUGAAGAAAGCCCUCCCAUACUUGCCGUUUGCGCCGGAAAAUGCGACCCCUCAUAAUGCGGUUGCAUUGUCGGAUGAUUCGCGAAUGCGCCGCAAGCCGGAUUUCAUAGCCUCUACAAGAGGGCCGGGCAUGCGUUCUAAUCUUUUUGUCGGCUUGGAUACGGGGAAAGCACUCUCGGUGGCAUGGCAGAUCCCGUUUCUCGGAGUCCAUCAUAUGCAGGCGCAUCUGUUGACGCCCCGGUUGGUGUCUUCGUUGAGUCGGGAUGCUGGUAGCGACAACGCGAUUUCGUCACCGUCGUCGCCUAUCACUCCCGAGUUUCCUUUCCUAUCGAUCCUAGUCUCCGGCGGCCACUCGAUGCUCGUGAACUCGUCUUCUGUGACAGACCACACGGUCAUGGCGUCCAGCACUGACAUCGCAAUCGGCGAAUGUCUGGAUAAAUCCGCGCGAGAAAUCCUCCCAAAAGAAACAAUACAAGCGUCCAAAAGCACCAUGUACGGCAAAGCGCUAGAACAAUUCGCCUUCCCCAACGGCAGCACAGACUACGCCGACUACCGACCUCCGACGACCCGCACCGAGGAAAUAGCCAGACGCCCCACACAGUACGGCUGGUACCUGACUCCGCCGUUCGCCAACACGCGCGACCUGGAAUUCAGCUUCUCCUCCAUCGCCAGCAAAGUGAAACGCAUCGUCGCCCAAAAGGCGGAGCAGACGGGGCAGGAAUUGUCCCACGAGGAGCGGGCCUUCCUCGCGCGCGAGACAAUGCGCGUUAGCUUCGAGCAUCUCGCGUCCCGCACCGUCAUCGCGCUCGAGUCGCUGCGCCGGAUGAACCCCUGCGGCGAGCAGGUCAAGACGCUAGUGAUCAGCGGCGGAGUCGCCGCUAAUCGGUUCCUUAUGACAGUCUUCCGCUCGUUCCUUGAUGUCCGCGGGUUCGGACAUGUUGAGGUUGUGGCGCCGCCGCCGUACUUGUGUACGGAUAAUGCGGCUAUGAUUGCGUGGGCGGGCAUUGAGAUGUUUGAACGGGGCUGGCGCUCGGAUCUUAGUUGUCGCGUUUUGAGGAAGUGGUCGCUGGAUCCGCAGGCUGAGGAUGGUGGGGUGUUGGGCCCGCCUGGAUGGCAGAAGGUGUAGUAGGUCUGCCAGUGUGUGCGGUGACAUAGAAUGUACAUUAUGUAGCUUUAUAUCCAUGUAUUCUAGGUAUAUUUGAUGUCUACAGCCCAUCCCUCAAGCAUGCGAGGGUUGACCAUAUUUGUAUAGUACCUUAAC